GCACUACAGUUGCAAUGUGCGCACGCUUUAUCAAUGAGAACGAUAGCUAUCAACCACAUCCAUCACAUAAAAUAAUGCAGAUCAAGGAUCCAGAUGUGAGAGAAAAGAAGAUCGACAAAUACUCUCAGGAUGAGGCU